GUCGUCAGUCACACGGCAUGGUACUUGUUCAGGACGAUGAACGUCCGCUUCGGCCGUUGGAAAUACAUGUUGUCAAGGAGGCGAGUUCCAAAUACUCUAGUGUUCUAAAUGCAACCACAUCUCACUUUAUACAAGGUCGACAGAUUAUUGCUCGACGUCAGCAGAUAAAAACAAGGUUCAGACGUGAAUUUGCUGGUUUGAAUGGUGAAUCACUGGAUGGUGGUACUAAAAUAACACUUAGUUCUUGGCAUCCAGUGCAAAGACUUCCUGCAGAUGGUAUAUAUUUUUUAGUAAUUAAAUUUACCGUUAUAAAGUCCAGUUCAUUUGAAAAGACUACACAAGUACCACUUGUCCACAAUUUAACAGUAGAUGUGCAGUGGCGUAGUCCUUAUGGACAUUUAAGUGCAAUCGAUUAUCCACUUCUCAGAUUUUACGCUUUUAUGUGGUUUUUUUAUGCUAUGUUAGCCGUCAUUUGGUUAAUAUGUUGCUUACGUUACUGGAUGGAUAUUUUGAGGAUACAGUUUUGUAUUGGUGCUGUGAUCGUUGCUGGUAUGAUCGAGAAAGGAAUGUUUUAUUCGGAAUAUGCGGCAAUGAAUGAAGAUGGUUCCACUGUUCACGGUUUCAUUGAGACAGCAGAGUUAGUCUCAUGUUUGAAACGAACAAUGGCUCGUGUAUUAAUUAUAAUAGCUUCACUUGGCUACGGCGUUGUGAAACCAAGACUUGGCAGUACUGUCAGUCAGGUAAUUGGCAUGGGCUUUAUUUAUUUCGUAUUCAGCGCUAUCGAAGCGAUGGCAAGAGUGAGCAAGAAUCAAGUAGAAGGGAUGAAGCAGAAGCAACUAGCAGCUUUACCGUUGGUAUUGAUUGAGGUGGUUAUCUUUUGGUGGAUUUUUACAUCACUUAUCAGUACUAUGCGAGUGCUGAGAAUAAAAAGAAAUAUGGUAAAGCUUUCUGUAUACCGUCACUUCACCAAUGCGUUGUGCUUUUCAGCUUUCAUAAGCAUAAUAUUCUUAUGUUGGACAAUUUAUAUACACAAUAUGCAACGGUGUUUAAUCGACUGGAAAGAAUAUUGGGUGGACACAGCAUUUUGGCACAUUCAGUUCUGUUGCAUUCUGGUCGUUAUUAUGAUUUUAUGGCGUCCAUCAUGCAACAAUCAACGUUAUGCUUUCACGCCACUGCUUGAUGAUAGUGAGGAUGAGAAUGAUGACGACGAGCUUUUCAAUACCAGUUAUUAUGCGAUGACUGGAUUAAACAAGCGAACUACUACGGUGGAUACUGAUGCUUCUGCCCAUGACCAAGAAAAUUCUAAUAAGAAGCAACAUGAAGCUCAGGAAAGUGACCAGAAAUUGCAGGAGGAGCUGAAAUGGAUUGAAGACAAUAUCCCAACUACGUUUGCUGACCGCUUGCUGAUAGAUAACGAAGAAGACAGGGAGCAAAUGGAACUGGAACUUUCCAAAAUGCUUUAACAAAGGCAUAAAGAUUAAUUUCAUUGAUUUUUAACAUUGUUAUUUGCAGAACGAUCUAAUCUGGAAAUAGUUUGUACAGAAAAUAGAUCAUUUAACUUUUUUGACUUGUUUUUUGACUAGCAUUCUGGGACUUAUUGUUGUGGAAGUUUGGGGAUUUUGUGUGUAAGCACAGUCGAAUAUUGGUUAUUUGUUGAUAGAUGGAAAAUCGAAUAUUGAUUAUUAUUGGUUAUUGGUCGAAUAGUGGUUAUUUGUUGGUAGAUGG